CGCCGCCCGCCUGGGACCGUGAGUCUCGGCGCGCCUGCUGUCCUUUAUGCACACUGAGGUGUCGAAUUCCCACGUCACGCUGCCUAUGCCUUGACUUCCUUCUUACCUACCUCUAUGUGCGCGCGGCCUGUCUCAAGACAUCGAGUGCCUGCCACAGCGCUUCCGCCCCAGUUAUUGUUGCUUUCUCCGUUUGGUUGCUUCGCUCAUCCCUUUGUCGUGGUUGCAUGCCGCCGCUUCCGCCCGGCAGCUCGUUGCCAUUGAGCAGACAGCUUGCCAGGUGGCCCUAGUACGCCAGCGAACCUCGACCGAUCCGAACACCGACGGCCAGCUUGUUACGCCCCCCGACGAUGGGUAGCUGGACGUCGCUGCUAGUUGCGUACCUUCUCGGAGGCGUGACCUUCAUCCCCCUCGUCGUGAUCGCCGUGCUCGUCCAUGGCUACCGCACGUUUCCCGUCCGCGAUGACCUCAGUACGCGCAACGACGAGGAUGGGAUUGUCCAGCCCGGCGACGACACCGCGCUCCUCGAUGAUGCAAAGACAGCGACACCGGCCGACGAAUCCAAGGCGCGCGCGAAACAAGACCUAGACGUGGCAGCUGGGUACUUUGCCGUAUGCCGAGAGUAUACGCCGAUGGGAAUCAAUGCGAAGCCCAUAGAGCGGUCGACGCCGUUGGGCUCGACAACUGUCGCACCUCCCAGUCCAAGCGUCUAUCAGACCAUGUACAGGAGCAUCUUUGAUCGGAAGCCUGUGGCUGGUCCACUGGACAACAAUGGGAUGAGCCAACGACCUAAAAAGGCCGGCAACGUCUUCUACGUGGUGCUGCGGCACGGCCACCUCAUGCUGUUUGACGACGAGGAGCAACUCGAGGUUCGCCAUGUCAUAUCCCUGGCGCAUCACGACAUAAGCAUAUAUUCCGGUGGCGAUACGACUCCGGAGGGGGAGCUGUUCAUCAAGCGCAACGCUCUGUGCCUGUCUCGGAAGCGAGACAAGGCGGACCUGACGCCGGACAGCCAGCUGUCGAAGCCGUUUUACCUCUUCUCAGAGAAUUGCUCCGCUAAAGAAGACUUCUACUUCGCGCUGCUCAAGAAUCAGGAGCAAACGUUUGGCUUUGACACGUCCGCGCCGGCCCCGAAGCAGUUCGAUGUCAAGCACAUCAUCUCGCUGGUCCAGCGACUGCACUCGUCCGAGGACCAUGUCCAUUCCCGGUGGCUCAACGCAAUGCUCGGUAGGAUUUUUCUAGCCGUGUACAAGACCCGCGAUCUCGAGAACUUCAUCCGCGAAAAGAUAACAAAGAAGAUAUCCCGCGUCAAACGGCCCUCGUUUCUCACAAACAUCACGAUCCAGAAUAUCGACACUGGAGAAGCCGCCCCUUACUUUUCGAACCUCAAGCUGAGAGACUUGACGGUUGAAGGAGAAUGUGUCGUCGAGGCAGACGUCAGAUACAGCGGCAACUUCAGGAUCGAAGUGGCUGCUACGGCCAAGAUAGACCUCGGAACCAGGUUCAAGGCUCGAGAGGUGAACCUCGUGUUAGCGGUGGUGUUGCGUCGCAUCGAGGGCCACGUCCUCUUCAAGGUCAAAGCACCGCCUAGCAACCGCGUGUGGCUCUCCUUCCAGGCAAUGCCAAAGAUGGAAAUGGCCAUCGAACCGAUUGUGAGCUCCAGACAGAUAACGUAUACUGUCAUUCUUCGCCAAAUCGAGAACCGGAUCAAGGAGGUUUUCGCCGAGACCUUGGUCCAGCCGUUCUGGGACGAUGUUCCUUUCUUCAAGACGGAGCACAAAACUUGGAGGGGCGGAAUCUUUGAAGGCGAUGACGCUGUUGAAUCUUCGACCGUUGCGGAUGUCGCUCCUGAGCUGGUCGUGGAAGCUCCUCUUGCGGAUCGCCCGGUGGAUGUCACUGAACCAGCUGACGAGCCACGACCUUUGGAGAAGAGUCACAGCCUUCCGGUCAUCGACGCGGUGCCCGAGAAAACCGGCCUUUUUGGUAGAAAGCUGGGCAAGAACGCCAACAGUAGCUCUAGCUCUGUUGUCUCGACGGGAAUGGAGUCAAAAGGGCCAAACUCGACGGUCGCUGAUUCGAAGGCAGCAAGCGCGAGCCCCUUGCGAUCACCGGCCAUUGUCAAGAAUUCGACUGAUCCGAUUGUUGGUACCGAGACUGCACAUGCAGAUAUUUUCAAGCCAUCCUCCUCGCCUCCAGACCACGCCACGAAUUACAUGGCCGCACUACAGUCACGGUCGCAGGAUGCCUCACCAAUGGCUACACCCAUCGGGUCGCCUCCCAAAGUCGGGCCAUCCGCACUGGCUUCGAACCAGUCUAUUGCAUCCUCUACCGAAGACGCCGACGAAGCGCAACAUGCCGAGGCCGACGAGAAGGCAGUGCCGUCGACCCGCCGAAACACCGCAUCUUCCGCUGGGUCACUGACCCAAGAUGCCAUAUUACCAAGUUCGCCUACUCUGUCGACCAGCAGCGGCUCCUUUAAGAGUCAAGCUGGCUCGUUGGGACGCAACUUUUUCAUGCGCCGCGAGAACACGGGCAACACGGUCUCGACCGAGUCGUCAAAUGGUGAUGCCAAACGCAACACCCUGGCUGCUGUCUCCAACGCGGCGGCACAAGCGAGGCAAUGGGGCUGGAACGCACUUCAACGGCGGCAAGAAGCUAAGCGGAAAGGUGAGAAGCCUCCGCAAGUCGAUCUGAGCCAGCCAAUGGGUCGCGGCCAGCCUCUUCCACCUCCCGGAGUACCACUUCCUGGGCCAGCGAAUGGAAAGAUGAACCUGGGCCCAUCGGCUUCUCUCAAACGCAGACCGGUGUCGGAACAGCCGGUCACUGAAGCCUCUCAUGACAACAAAGACUCCGCUCCCCGCUCUAUUCAAACGCCUCAGCUACCGCAGCGGCGAAGACGUGGUGCAAGCCAGGAUCAAGAUGGGGAGACGAACUCUGGACAGAACAUGCUUGUUGUUGCUGCCCCAGAUGACUCGCAGCCCAGUACGCCAAUCGCCGAGGAACAGAUAGAUGUCGGCGCAGCCUUUGCCGAUCAUCAAGUCGCACCUUCAGAGCCCCCGAAUGCCCUACCGGAGACCACGCAGCUGUCGUCUACCGUGACUCAGACUGACGCACCAGACACCACGGCUCACCCCAUCAAGGAGUCUGCGCCCAGUCCCAUCAUGGCUUUGCCCGCCGCAUCCGCCAUCAUCGAUGACGACGACGAUUAUUCGGGUUGGAUGGACGAGGAGUUGGAGGAAGAUGUUGUUGAACCAUUGCCGGCGAAGGCCUUGGCCGAAGCCGUAUAGAGGAAGAAGGCGUGUACAUUUGGCGGACUGUUUAUCUUAUGGCGUUUCGAGCGAGCAUGGUUUCGGGUACAGUAGGCGUGUGGCGUUUGAGAUGGAUCAGUACGCUGCCGCGAAGCACGCGGUAGCCCGCAUCAGUUGACUCGUCUAGUCAUAUUUUAUGCGGACGAUCGUUGGCUGCUGCCAGACAACUGGCAUAUACUUUUGAAUUGAUGAAAUACAUGA